UCUACAUGUCAUACAACAGUCUUCUUUAGUUUGUUAACGUCUUAUGAACGAUAUAUCUAAAAAAUAAAAAUAUCAUCAAAACAAAGAAUAAUUACAACAUAAUUCUUUAAAAAACUUGCAAGCUGACAGACGGAAAAGUUGGGUAGUUGCGAGAACUAAUUUUUCGAUCACAGUUGAGUUACAACAAAUCACGUUAUUUAUUAUGUUUCCUUUACAAAUUGAGCGUAUGAAUUUCGGGAAAUCACAUUACAAUUCUAUUCAUAAAAGAAUUCUUAAAAAGCACCACCAUCACAGCUGAUUGAUGACAUGGCGCACACUAAGCCAGCCAGCCAGCCAGCCCUGUGUGAUAAAAAAAACAGUUGUAUACGAACGAUACGAUACACCCCUGGCUCUUUUGUCCGGAUGUAUUAUUACAUUAUUUUCUCUUCAACAAGUAUUUUUUCUUAACACAUAGUUAGGGAUAUAAGUUUCAUUUAUGAUCGUCAUAUAAAUACAAAGCGUAAUUGAAAGAAAACAAGAUGACUUUGUACCACUUUGGUAAUUGUCUAGCCUUAGUUUAUGUUCCAUAUUACUUAACCUAUAAAUACUCAGGAUUAUCGGAGUAUGGUGCUUUUUGGAAAUGCAUUCAAGCUGGAGGAAUGUACAUUUUUACACAGCUUGCAAAGAUGCUUGCUCUAGCAACUUUCUUUCCAACAGCAGACAACAUAGGAUACAAGGGCUUUGAUUUUUUGGGCGAGUUUUUUAAGUCAUCCAUUGAUUUAGCCGAUUUAGUAGGAAUUUAUCUAGUAUUAAGUAGCAUACCCGGCAAAGGUCAUGCUAAAGUAUUGUCAGCAGGAAUAGGAUGGGCUGCUGCUGAAGUUAUUUUGACAAGGUUUCUUUUACUCUGGUUUGGAGCUAGAGGAGCAGAAUUUGAUUGGAAGUACAUUCAAAAAAGUUUAGAAUCUAAUAUAUGCCUUGUUCAACAUAUUACAACUGCAACUUUGGUAUGGCUUUGGUCAAGACAUGAUUUGAAGAAAAGUUUAGUUCCUAUUGUUGUCUGCAUGCUGCUGCUUACAGUCUACAAGCCACUAAUUUCAGACUUUCUUGUGACAUCAUUUUUCAUUGGACCUUGGUCAAUAAUAUUCAUAAAAGCAAUCACUGCGACAGUCAUGGGUGCAGUUACGUUACACAUUUAUGCUGCUCUUGCUUAUGCUAUUGGUAUUUUCUAAUAGUUAAUGUGUUAAGGUUUUCUAUGUCUAAAAUUCGUAAUAUAUUAAUAACAGUUGUACCAUAUGUAAGUAAUGAUAAUCAUUAGAAAUACAAGAAAUUUUUUUUUUAA